GUGUGUCGACAUAAUCAACACAGAGAUCGGUGCCAUGUUCUCUUUACCGGGGCGACAAGCUCGCCGUUCACUCGGCAUGGGCGCCUCAGUAUAUCGCACUGUCGAACGCUACCAAACAUUAGGCUAUUCCAGACUGUUCGGCACGUCAGACCUGUGCGUGUUUGACGACAGUCGUCGAACUUGGGUCGAACGAGGAGAGGUAGACAAGGGUACUGCGCAGAAGCCGGCGGCAGGAGGUCAGAUGUGGAGAUGGACAAGCCCAACAGGAACAUGGGAGGGGUCUUCCUUACCGAUUAAAGUUUAUGAGGCUGUGCAAGGACUAAAGCAAGCGACCGCAGGUCUGUUGCAGCAUUGGGCUUCCCCACUAGCCCUUUCCGGAGCAUUCCCGUUCGUCUUGCCGGGAGUUGGACGACCGGCAUUGUUGCCACAGUCGCCAGAGCAUGACCAGGGGUGCGAGGAGGAUGAGGACGAGGAGGAAGAAGGGGUAGAUUUGAUUGGGGGGUUAUCCGAAGGGGGCGUUUGGGCCACUAGCGUGAAGCGGAAGCGCGUUACGAAGAUGAGGAAGCACAAGUGGAGGAAAAGGCGGAAGCUCCAGCGCCAAUCGGCGUCUCGGAACAAGUAGCUAGGUUGCGGGGGUUACAUGUUUGCGCUCCUGCCCUCCGUGGGCUGUGGACCUUGCUUUAUUGUCCUCUCGUCUCGGUGAUCUGGACUGAGCCGUACUACGAAUGUGGCAGCUUGCAGUGUACCGCUGCCAGUAGACCGUGAGAUGUGCCGGGGUAGGACAGCUACGCGAGCGCGCCUAUGCUUCCCGCGCAAGCCAGCACUCUCGCACAUACUGUAAGUCUUGGUUCUUUGAGAGCUAAGCUUCGUCCACCGCGUAGGCGUUCUCGAGUGUUUCUCGUACAGAGUUGCGUGUUAUGUCCACGGCUUUUGAUAUGGGAAGCAGACAAAACUGAAACGUUUUUGAAAGAUUCAUGGGACAUGCUCCACAGGGUGCAACAGGAAGUAAAUAAAGGCGGAGGUACCCUCUCUGUCGCGGCAACCAGGCAGGCAUAACGCAACACCUUGUCGUUCUAUCCAAGCCCCUCGUGUACUCC